UGUUCUGGGACCCUGUUUACUUAACAUUCCCAGCCAAGGAAGCCCUGGUUUAAAUGGUUUAAAUAGGAUUGCGGAUGCUGCCUGCCCAUAUCAGAUGAGGAAAUGAUGAUUGCGGGAUUUUAGAAAUUCCUUUGUUUAAAGCCUUAGUGUGGAUUAUGAGAAUGCAGAAUGCCUUUCCUUUUGGGCCUGCGGCAGGACAAAGAGACCUGCAUAGGAAUCAACAAUCAGAGUUAUAUCUGUGAAACGGGCCAUUGCUGUGGACAGUCUCAGUGCUGCAAUUAUUAUUAUGAGCUCUGGUGGUUCUGGCUAGUGUGGACGAUCAUCAUUAUACUGAGCUGCUGUUGUGUCUGCCAUCAUCGACGUGCCAAACACAGACUCCAAGCACAACAGAGGCAGCAUGAAAUUAACCUGAUUGCCUAUCGCGAAGCUCAUAACUACUCCACCCUGCCAUUUUAUUUCCGAUUUUUACCAAAUUAUUUACUACCUCCCUAUGAGGAAAUAGAGCAUCGACCUCCGACCCCUCCCCCACCAUAUAGUGCCUUACAUCAGCAAUGCGUCCCGCCUGGCAGUGGCAGCGCAGCCACAGACAUGAGAAACCUCCAGCCAGCCCAGACAGGCUCUCUGGCCGCAGCAGGAAGCAAUAAUGGAAGCCUAGACAGCGCUGCAUCCUCCAGCAUUGGGGGUCUGGAAUCCUCUACUCCGCUAGUUGAGCGAUCACCCACCAAAGAAACAAGCGGAGAGCCAAGCGGCGCAGGACUAGGAGAGAUGGCUGACCGGGUGUCCUGUUCUGAUAAGGAGCCAGAGUGCAAGGAGGAACUGCUUAAGGAUUACAACUCUGAGAGCUUAGACCAGAACAGCGCCUUCCCUGAUGCAAAGGACAAGACACCUGGCAGGCACCGACGGUUCACGGGUGACUCAGGCAUCGAAAUCUGUAUCUGUAACCAGGACCACCACGAUGGUGAUCUCAAGGAGUUGGAUGGGUUCCUGGACGAUGGACCCAUGGACUUCUGUGAUAGCUGCAGUCGCCGCCCUCUGCACGGAGAUGAGGAAGAUGGGCUUUUCAGUGCCUCUGAUGAGCAGCACCAAGAGCAUAGCCACCACCACGUCCCGCGGCAGCCUGUGUGUCUGCUUCUGAACACCAUAAAUGAGCAGGACUCCCCAAACUCUCAUGCCAACACAUCCCCCAGCUAAACCAGCAGAGUCCGAAGGGAGGAUCUAUAAAAGGAUAAACAUUACUUCAACCAAAAACAAGGCGGUUCUUAAGAUGCUAAUUAUGGGAAUAUAACCCUAAGUGGAUGGAAGGAGGGGCAGAAGUUUCUGGGCCUUCUUUUCUAAAUUGCCUCCCCUCUCUUCCAUCUUACUGUAGGGGCUUAAAAGUGAGAUCUUUUUUUUAAUAAAAGGAAAAAAGAAACUUUUCCUAUUGCUGAUUUUGGUGAUGGUAUAUUUGGUUGGCUGGUGUUUUUUAAGUUUCCAAGACUUUUAUCUUAUAAUCAGAAAGACUUAGAACUUGUAAGAACAAGGAAUACUAGUGUAUUCUCCACCCCAUUCCCUUUCCGGCUGUCUUCCCAGAAGCUAGUGGCAUUAGAUGUCCCUGGCAGUCGGUUCAGUUAGUGCUGUUGGGAGGGUUGCUAUCAAUCCCCUGCAGUGAUCAAUCCCUUGCUGUGAUCUCUUGUGUGUUAUUGGUUACAGCAACCUGUAGGACACUUGAAGCUGGGAACUAUAAAGGACCAGUUUCUUCCAGAAAAAGUGUUUGCCUGAACCAUAAAGCCUGUACAAAAUUGGAUGGGGAAGGGGGCUGCAGGCAUUUGCCUUCUGCUUCAAGGGAAAUGUAUUCCUCAGCUGGUGCCUCUAAAGAGCCCAGCUAUGAGUUGAGGUUCCUGGCAAAAAAGCUGCCUUCCUGGUAACUUGUGACAUUUACCAGGGGCACUGCAAUGCAAAAGGGCAAGUAGGGCUUUUUGACUUCAGGCCAGCAUGCUAGUUUGAAAUGACAGAAUUUAAAAAAAAACACGAAACACACACAGAGAACAGGGCUGUCUUUUUGGCCACUGUGCCUUUAGGUUUCAGCGAUGCUUGUUGAACAAAUGGAGACCAGAACUCCGUCCAUUGCUAAAGGAUGCCUUACAGCAUCAAGGUGGAAGACUUGCGCAGUAUUUUCUCUUUUUUUUAGUUCAAAAGUCUAGCGAGAUUCUCACAGUGACCACUGAAAAGAAUUGCGUGUCUGUGUUUCUCUCUUAUCUCUCUCAAUAGUGGCAACUCGCUACUGUAUAACGUCUGUGAGUGUGUCUGUGUGUCUGUGUGUGUGUCUGUAUCUGAUUGCAGGACAUGCAUGUGUGUUUCUUACUGGUGAUAUGAAACUUGCUGCUGUAAGACUGCAAAAACAAAACAAACUAUGAAAAAGAACUGUAGCUUUGCUUUAAAGAAACAGUGAAGCUUUUGAUAGUAACAACCCCAAGGGGGAAGAGAAAAAACCAAACAUCUGAAACUAACAUUCCCCAGAUUGUUCCUGUGGAAGAAAACAGGCCUUAGUUUCUAUAAUGAGUGUGUUUCCUUCCCCCUGUUUUCCUCUUUCUUUAAUUACAGUUGUCUGGGUCAUUUAAUGUCACAAAAUGGACUUUCAAUUUCAAUUGCUUGAAACCAAAAUCAGUUUGAAAUCUGGUGUAAGCCCAAAUAUAAUGCCU